UUUGCUUUUUCUAGACGCUGGAGCGGUCCUAUUUGUUGAAGAUCAAUGGAAAAGUGGCUGAAAGACCUCAACAUAUGUUGAUGAGGGUAUCUGUGGGGAUUCACGAAGAAGAUAUUGAUGCUGCUAUUGAAACAUACAACCUUCUUUCUGAGAGGUGGUUUACCCAUGCUUCUCCCACUCUCUUCAAUGCUGGUACAAACCGCCCACAACUUUCUAGCUGUUUCCUCCUGAGUAUGAAAGAUGAUAGCAUUGAAGGCAUUUAUGACACUCUAAAGCAGUGUGCAUUGAUUUCCAAGUCUGCUGGGGGAAUUGGUGUUGCUGUGAGUUGUAUUCGAGCUACUGGCAGCUACAUUGCUGGGACUAAUGGCAAUUCCAAUGGCCUUGUACCAAUGCUGAGAGUAUAUAACAACACAGCUAGAUACGUGGAUCAGGGUGGAAACAAGCGACCUGGGGCAUUUGCUAUUUACCUGGAACCUUGGCAUUUAGACAUCUUUGAGUUUCUUGAUUUAAAGAAGAACACAGGAAAGGAAGAGCAGCGUGCCAGGGACCUUUUCUUUGCCCUUUGGAUUCCAGAUCUCUUCAUGAAACGAGUGGAGACUAAUCAGGACUGGUCUUUGAUGUGUCCAAAUGAGUGUCCUGGUCUUGAUGAGGUUUGGGGAGAGGAAUUUGAGAAGCUAUAUGAAAGUUAUGAGAAACAGGGUCGUGUCCGCAAAGUUGUAAAAGCCCAGCAGCUUUGGUAUGCCAUCAUUGAGUCUCAGACAGAGACAGGUACCCCAUACAUGCUCUACAAAGAUUCCUGUAACCGGAAAAGCAACCAGCAGAACCUGGGAACGAUCAAAUGCAGCAACCUGUGCACAGAAAUAGUAGAGUAUACAAGCAAAGAUGAGGUUGCAGUUUGUAACUUGGCUUCCCUGGCUCUGAAUAUGUAUGUCACAUCAGAAAUCACAUACGACUUUAAGAAGUUGGCUGAAGUCACCAAAGUCAUUGUCAGAAACUUGAAUAAAAUUAUUGAUAUUAACUACUACCCUGUCCCAGAGGCAUACUUAUCAAAUAAACGCCAUCGCCCCAUUGGAAUUGGAGUACAAGGUCUGGCAGAUGCUUUUAUUCUGAUGAGGUAUCCUUUUGAGAGUCCAGAGGCCCAGUUAUUGAAUAAGCAAAUCUUUGAAACCAUUUAUUAUGGAGCCUUGGAAGCCAGCUGUGAUCUGGCCAAGGAGCAUGGCCCAUAUGAAACCUACGAGGGCUCUCCAGUCAGCAAAGGAAUCCUUCAGUAUGAUAUGUGGAAUGUUACUCCCACAGACCUCUGGGACUGGAACCUUCUCAAGGAGAAGAUUGCAAAGUAUGGUAUAAGGAAUAGUUUACUUAUUGCCCCGAUGCCUACUGCUUCAACUGCUCAGAUUCUGGGAAAUAAUGAGUCCAUUGAACCAUAUACCAGCAACAUCUACACUCGUAGAGUCUUGUCAGGAGAAUUUCAGAUUGUAAAUCCUCACUUACUGAAAGAUCUGACUGAACGGGGCUUGUGGAAUGAAGAGAUGAAAAAUCAGAUUAUUGCAUGCAAUGGUUCUAUCCAGAGCAUACCAGAAAUUCCAGAUGACCUGAAGCAACUUUAUAAGACUGUAUGGGAAAUCUCUCAGAAAACCAUUCUCAAGAUGGCAGCUGAGAGAGGUGCUUUCAUUGAUCAAAGCCAGUCUUUGAACAUCCACAUUGCUGAGCCUAACUAUGGCAAACUCACUAGUAUGCACUUCUACGGCUGGAAGCAGGGUUUGAAGACUGGUAUGUAUUAUUUAAGGACAAGACCAGCAGCUAAUCCGAUCCAGUUUACUCUAAAUAAAGAGAAACUGAAAGAUAAGGAAAAGGCAUCAAAAGAGGAAGAAGAGAAGGAGAGGAACACAGCAGCCAUGGUGUGCUCUUUGGAGAAUAGAGAUGAGUGUCUGAUGUGUGGAUCCUAAGGAAAGACUUACAAGACACCAGCAGCACUUCUUCAAUAACCAAACUCCUUUUUGAGCACAAAUAGGUAUAGUAGGUUUGCUUGAAGUGGUAAGGCUUUGCUGGACCUUAUUGCAGCAAAAGGAUCAACUGAUUUAAAGUAUUGUUUUUAUAUAGUGUCAAAGGAAUGAUUUU